GCAGGCAAGCUUUUGCAUUUUAGAAACAGUCUUCAUUGACAAUUCAUAACGUCAAUACGUAUAGCUCGAGCUGUUUGUCGGCUUUAAAACUUGGCGGAUAGAAGUUGAAACUUGACUUCACACACAAUUUGCAAGUGCUGGAAAUACUUUAGUGUGGUAUAAACGGAAUUUUUCCAUUUAACGGUGAAUAAAAUUCCUUCAAGCUGCUGCAAAACACUGUUAAAAGUAAUAAUUCAAAAACUGGUGCUGUUACUAAUACGCCGCCAUCACCAUUACAGAAAAACGCAAAGUCGCGCUCAAACCGACGAAAAAGACGUCGCAACAAACAUCAUCAACAAAAUUCUGUGGAACCGAAUUGCGUUCAACAGCCGAAAGAGCAGAUAGUACUAGCUAACAAAAUGCCAGCCCGUUUUGCAGAGGACGUCAUUGCUGACGACACUGAGCGUGGUGUUCCAUUGAAUUUAGGUGGACGCUAUAAUCACCAUUCGGUAUUGAGUGACGAUAUCGUUAUAACUGGUUUUUCUGGCAGACUACCCGAGAGCUCGAGUAUUGAUGAGUUUAAACGAAAUCUCUAUGAUGGUGUGGAUUUAGUCAAUGAUGAUCCAAGACGUUGGGAAAGAGGUCUCUAUGGUUUACCUGAAAGACUGGGAAAAAUUAAAGCCGAUGAUUUAGAAGUUUUUGAUCAACAGUUCUUUAGCGUUUCUGCAAAACAAGCAGAAUGUAUGGAUCCUCAAAUGCGUAUGUUGUUGGAGUCGACUUACGAGGCUAUUAUAGAUGCAGGUCUUAAUCCAUCUGAUUUGCGUGGCUCACGCACCGGUGUGUACAUUGGUGUGUCUAACUCAGAAACCGAGAACCACUGGACUGAAAAUGCAGAUCGUGUAAAUGGUUAUGGUUUAACCGGUUGUGCACGUGCUAUGUUUGCGAAUCGUAUUUCCUAUACAUUCGAUUUGAAAGGACCAAGUUUUGCCGUUGAUACCGCCUGCUCCAGUUCCUUGUAUGCUCUAUCUCAGGCCUUUUCGGAUAUGCGUGCUGGCAGAUGUGACGCAGCAUUUGUGUGCGGUUCUAAUUUAAUUUUAAAACCAGAGAUGUCCUUGCAGUUCAGACGUUUGAACAUGUUAAGUGACAGUGGUAUGUGCAAGGCUUUUGACGAGACUGGUGCUGGUUAUGUGCGUUCCGAUGGUGUAGUUGUGUUACUUUUGCAACGCGUCUCAGCGGCCAAGAGAGUUUACGCUUCAAUUUUGAAUGCUCGCACAAAUACCGAUGGUUUCAAGGAAAACGGUAUUACUUAUCCUGAUGGACGUAUGCAGAAUCGUUUGAUUCGUGAAACCUAUGAAGAAAUCAAUUUGGACCCUAACGAAGUUGUGUACGUUGAAGCUCAUGGUACUGGUACUAAGGUCGGAGAUCCACAGGAAGUCAACUCGAUCACAGAUUUCUUUUGUAAAGAUCGCAAAACUCCCUUGUUGAUUGGUUCUGUCAAAUCAAAUAUGGGACAUUCAGAACCCGCAUCUGGUGUAUGCUCUAUUGCCAAAAUCUUAAUUGCAAUGGAAGAAGGUGUAAUUCCUGCUAACUUACAUUACACCAAACCAAAUCCUGAUUUGUAUGGAUUGAUGGACGGUCGCUUACAGGUAGUCGACAAAAAUCUGCCUUGGAACGGUGGUAUUAUUGGUCUUAACUCCUUCGGUUUUGGCGGAGCUAAUGCUCAUAUUAUUCUAAAAUCGAAUCCAAAGCCAAAAACUAUUACUCCCCGUGACGGCCCACCUAAACUAGUUAUCGCUUCUGGUCGUACAUCAGAUGCCGUACAAGAUCUGCUCGAAGACGCAGCCACACACCGUGACGACGAUGAAUAUUUGGCUUUAAUCAAUGGAAUUCAUACCAAAAACAUACCCCUCCACUAUUACCGUGGUUACGACGUUUUGACAUCUAAGGGAUCCGUGCAACGUGAGGUGGUGGAAUUUUCGGAAGAAAACCGCCCCAUUUGGUUUGUUUACUCUGGUAUGGGCAGUCAAUGGGCUAGUAUGGCUAAAGAUCUCCUGCAAUUCGAUGUAUUUAACAAGUCUAUUCAUCGUUGUGCCGAAAUUUUGCGUCCUGAAGGCAUUGAUUUACUAGAAAUCUUAACCCGUUCCACUGACGACAAAUUCACCGACAUUGUUAACUCCUUCGUUUCCAUUACGACCACUCAAGUCGCUCUAACUGACUUGUUGUCGUCACUUGGUAUCCACCCAGAUGGUAUUCUUGGUCAUUCCGUUGGUGAGUUAGGUUGUGCUUACGCAGAUGGUGGUUUGACAGCAGAUCAAGCAGUUUUGGCCACAUACUGGCGAGGUCGUGCCAUUAAGGAAUCAAACUUGCCCAAGGGUAAAAUGGCUGCUGUCGGUUUAUCAUGGGAUGAUGCUCAUAAGCUUGUGCCUACUGAUUGUUAUCCAGUUUGCCACAAUAACCAAGAUAACUGUACAAUUGCUGGACCCGGUGAAUCGAUUGAUGCACUAGUAGCGAAGUUAAAUGGCGAAGGUGUAUUCGCAAAGGCUGUCAGCUCAUCGGGCUUCGCAUUCCAUAGUAAAUACAUUGCCGGUGCAGCACCAAAGCUGAGACAAAUGUUGGAGAAAAUUAUUCCUACCGCCAAAAAUCGUUCAUCUCGUUGGAUAAGCAGCAGUAUUCCGGAGAGUGCUUGGAAUACUCCAGUUGCGAAGCAGUCGUCAGCAGCUUAUCAUGUAAACAAUAUGCUAUCACCUGUACUCUUCUACGAGGCAUUGCAGCACAUUCCAACAAAUGCAAUUUGCAUUGAAAUUGCUCCUCAUGGUUUAUUACAAGCCAUUCUGAAGCGCGCACUUGGACGCGACGUUUUAAAUGUAAGCUUAGUAAAGCGCGGACAUCCAAACAACGCUGAAUUCCUUUUGGCUAAUAUUGGAAAAUUAUACGCAGCUGGAGCCCAGCCACAGGUACAGAGCUUAGUACGUCCAAUUUCAUAUCCUGUGGGACGUGGAACUCCCAUGUUGAAUUCCAAAAUUGGCUGGGACCACUCUCAGAGAUGGUUGGUGCCAAAAUAUGGUGCUGCUAAAUCUUCAGGCGACACAGUUAUUGAUAUUGAUUUGUCAAGUGAUGAUGAUGCAUUUGUUAUUGGCCAUACGAUUGAUGGACGUAUAUUGUUCCCCGCCACUGGCUACAUGACUCUAGCAUGGAUGACAUUCGCAAAAAUGCGUGGCGUUGACUUUAAUAAGGCGGCUGUAGUUAUGGAGGACUUGAUAUUCCAUCGUGCGACAAUUCUAAACAAAGAGAAUGUUACUAAAUUUGGUAUUAACUUCUUCGAUGGUACCGGAGCUUUUGAGAUUUGCGAAGGUGGAAGCUUGGCGAUGUCUGGAAAAAUUAAGAUCGUGGAUAAUAUCACACAAGAGGAAUUGCCCUUGGAACCCCUCCAACCCGACACUGUUGGCCGCGAACUAGUUGCAAAUGAUGUGUACAAGGAAUUGCGCUUGCGUGGCUACGAUUACGGUGGAAUUUUCCGUGGUAUUGUCACAUCGGACAUAUCUUCUCGUACUGGAAAGUUACAAUGGGUGGAUAACUGGAUUAGUUUCAUGGAUACAAUGUUGCAGUUUAGUAUCUUGAGCAAGGAUCUGCGUGAGCUCUAUCUGCCUACACGUAUUGAAAAGGCGGUUAUCAACCCGGCUAAACAUUUGGAAAUUUUGUCUCAACUACCAGAAGAUGAUCUGAAAAAUGUUGGUAUACCUGUAUAUAUGUACAGCGACAUCAAUGUCAUCAAAAGUGGUGGUGUUGAGUUGAGAGGUUUGAAAGCUUCUUUAGCACAAAAGAGACCAAACGCACAAAAUCCCCCAACUUUGGAGCGCUACACAUUCGUACCAAAUACUAAUAACUCAGAGUUGCACGAGAACUCCGGAAAGGCUGGAUCUCACGCUCUUGCCGUUGCUGUACAAAUUGUAAUUGAAAAUGCUGAACGCUCGUUCAAAAUUAAAGGUGUGGAACUGGCUAGUGGACGUAACCCCGAUUCAUUGGUGGCUGGCAAGCUGGUUCAAUUGAUUGAGGGUGAACCUGCCGUUGCUGCUGACAUUUCCGUAGCUACAGCUAGCAAAGAUGAAGAAAGCAUCAAAACUGCUUUGAAUGAUUUUGGAGUGCGAGUUGUAUCGAAAAAUGUGACAAAGGAGCCGGUUGAGCAGAAUUGUCACUUCUUAUUUGGAAGUGAUGUACUUUCUCGCCCUGAUACAGCCGUCUUGGAAAAUAGUAUUGCCAGUAUCAAAGAAAACGGAUUUUUAAUUUUUGACGAAAGCGUCAGUUCGUACAACAAAGGUGGAGCCGCGUUAUUGUCCAAAUAUGGUUUUGCUGUUGUACAAAACUUGAACAAAGGUGAUUCUCGUACCCUUAUUGUGGCAAGACGCGCCGUAGAUUUGAAAAAGCGCAAGGCAGUAGUUAUUAACGUAACCGAGAAGAACUUUGACUGGUUAGAGGACUUAAAACUUGCGCUUUCAAAGGCCGCAGAAGAAGAAAAAUACAUUUACAUUGUUUGCCAAGGUGAAGAAGUGUUUGGUGCCGUUGGUUUAACCACAUGUGUUACAUACGAGAAUGGUGGCAAAUUUGUAAGAACCGUCUUCAUUCAGGAUGUUAAUGCUGAGAAGUUUUCGUUAAGCUCAAAGUUCUACACGGAGCAACUCGUGAAGGAUUUAACAUCGAAUGUACUUAAAAAUGGCAGCUGGGGAACAUUCCGUCACUUGAAAUUGGAGAAAGAACUUGCAACAUUGCAGGUGGAGCACGCUUAUGUCAACGCUUUGGUUAAAGGUGAUCUCGCGUCGUUGAAAUGGAUCGAAGCAUCGCCAUCCCAAAAUGUAAAGACCGAGGGAUUAGAGUUGUGCUCCGUUUACUAUGCACCCAUUAAUUUCCGUGACGUUAUGUUGUCUUCUGGUAAAUUAUCUGCUGAUGCUCUACCCGGUGAUUUGGCGCAACAAGAUUGUGUGCUUGGUCUUGAAUUUUCUGGACGUGAUUCAUCCGGUAAAAGAGUUAUGGCUAUGGUCCCUGCGAAAUCUUUGGCCACCACUUGUCUGGCUAGUAAGAACAUGAUGUGGGAAAUCCCUUCGAAUUGGACCAUGGAGGAGGCAUCCACAGUGCCUUGCGUUUAUUCUACAGUCUACUACGCAUUGGUUGUACGUGGAGAAAUGAAGAAGGGAGAAAAGAUAUUGAUCCAUGCUGGUUCUGGUGGUGUUGGCCAAGCAGCUAUUUCCGUCGCUCUUCAUUAUGGUCUGACUGUAUUUACUACUGUUGGUAGCCAAGAAAAGCGGCAAUUCUUAAAAGAACGAUUCCCAAAACUUCAAGAUAAAUACAUUGGAAAUUCACGUGACACUUCUUUCGAACAAUUGAUUAUGAGAGAAACUCAAGGCAAAGGUGUCGAUUUAGUGCUUAACUCACUUUCUGAAGAAAAACUGCAAGCAUCUGUUCGUUGUUUGGGUAUCAAUGGACGCUUCCUAGAAAUCGGAAAAUUCGAUUUGAGCAACAACAGCCCACUUGGAAUGUCUGUAUUCCUUAAAAACACAUCAUUCCACGGUAUUCUGUUGGACAGUGUUAUGGAGGGAGAAGAAGAAAUGCAAAAUCGUGUUGUCUCUCUAGUUGCUGAAGGCAUUAAAAACGGUGCAGUUCGUCCCUUACCGACAUCUGUAUUCAAUGAAUUCCAAGUUGAACAGGCAUUCCGUUUCAUGGCUUCCGGUAGACAUAUUGGUAAAGUAGUAAUAAAGGUUCGCGAUGAGGAACCUGGAAAGAAAACACUAAAGCCAACAUCAAGACUAGUAAACGCAAUACCACGCACAUAUAUGCAUCCAGAUAAGAGUUAUAUACUUGUAGGAGGUUUGGGAGGUUUCGGUUUGGAAUUAACUCAUUGGAUGGUAUUACGUGGAGCUAGAUACAUUGUGUUAACUUCAAGAUCAGGCAUAAAAACCGGUUACCAAACGCUUAUGGUACGAAGAUGGGAGGAGCGUGGCGUUAAAGUUGUUGUAGACACAAAUGACGUGACAACUUCUGAAGGAUGCAAGAAGUUAUUGCAAAAUGCAAAUAAACUGGCUUUGGUCGGAGGUAUAUUCAAUUUGGCUGCUGUAUUACGUGACGCUCUCAUUGAAGAUCAGACUGUUCAAGACUACCAGACAGUCUGCAAGCCAAAAGUGGAUGGAACCAAAUUCUUGGACUUGCACUCUCGUACUCUCUGCCCCGAAUUAGACUACUUUGUAUGUUUCUCCAGUGUUUCAUGCGGUCGCGGUAAUGUUGGUCAAUCCAAUUACGGUUUGGCCAAUUCUGCCAUGGAGCGCAUUUGUGAACAACGUCGUGCCAAUGGAUUGCCCGGUUUAGCUAUACAGUGGGGUGCAAUUGGUGAUACAGGUCUUGUAUUGGAGGGACUCGGUGAUAAUGACACCGUUAUUGGAGGAACAUUGCCACAGCGUAUGACUUCCUGCCUUCAAACAAUUGAUCUAUUCUUACAACAACCUCAUCCUGUUUUGGCAUCAAUGGUGGUAGCAGAAAAGCGAAGCAAUGAUUCAUCCGGUGGCGUUAGUUUAGUAGCAGCCAUAGCAAAUAUUUUAGGUCUGCGUGAUGUGAAGAACGUACAAGAUGCAGCUUCCCUUGCCGAUCUUGGUAUGGAUUCUCUAAUGAGUUCCGAAAUAAAGCAGACAUUAGAGCGUUGCUUUGAUAUAGUAAUGUCGCCACAAGAAAUUCGUGCGCUAACUUUCGGUCAAUUAAAGAAACUAGAUGGCGGUGCCACUGAACAGUCUUCUUCCGCGGAUAACGCAACGGAAACGCGUUCACCAACACCUAUCGGUGAUGGAACUCAGGUCGUCUUUGUGACUGAACUAAUGCCUUCUGAGACGAUUGUCCGCUUGGAAUCAGCUGUCCCUGCGGAUUCAAAGAAAACACCAAUCUUCUUUGUUUCGCCUAUUGAAGGUUUUGUGGAUGCACUGAAAGAAGUUGCAAAACGUCUAGAUUGCCCUGUCUAUGGACUGCAAUGCACAGCUGAUGCUGAUCUCGAGUCUAUUGAGGCUUUAGCGAAAUUCUACAUAAAACAUAUACGUAAAGUUCAACCCAAGGGUCCAUAUUCAAUUGCUGGCUACUCCUUUGGUGCAACUGUUGCAUUUGCUUUGGCUGUUGAGUUGGAGAAAAAUAAGGAAAAGGUCAAACUAGUUUUAUUGGAUGGUGCGCCCAAAUAUGUGAACUGGUACACAGAAAACUUCAAGAAGCGAUACAACGCAUCCGACGACGAGCAACAGAAUCAUGCAUUCGCACUGGCAUACUUUGGCAUGGUUGCAGCUAAAACUGACUAUAGUGUGGCAAAACUGCUGCUAGAAUUUCCAACGUUUGAGGGCAAAGUAGACAAAUGCGCGGAGAUAGUAGCUGCUGCUUUGGAAAAACCAGUUGAAUUGGUGAAAAAGGCUGCUGCAUCGUUCUAUUACAAAUUGGCGGCAUCUGAUAAAUAUUCUGUUACACAAAAACUGCAAUGUGACGUAACGUUGAUUAAGCCAACUGAGAAUUAUUCAAAAUUAGAAUUGGAUUAUGGCUUAAAUGAAGUAUGCAACGGUAAAGUUGAUAUUCUCAUCGUACAAGGUAACCAUCGUACGAUCUUAUUGGAUGAAGAGCCCCUACAAACCAUCGAAGCCUCACUGAAGAGUUUACUAAAUUAAAUUCAUAUAAGCAUAAAUUGAAAACUUUAGUCAACACACAUUCUGGAUGUUACUAUGUUUAUUCUAGAUGUUGUAUAAGUAAUGAAUGCACCAAAAUGUUAUCUUAGUACAGGAGCUUUCCAUUGCUUGUUAUUAGCAAUUUAAAUGUUUCGCAAAAUUAGUUACGCUUUAGUCUCGAAAGCGAUUGAUUUUUAAAUAGUAACAAAAGUCAUGGAAGGAUUACAAUUUGUAUAAUAUUAGUUUGAUAAUUUAUUUACUAGCAAGUUUUUACAUAACAUCGUUUCUGUACGAAUAUGUAAAAGCUUUAAUUGCAAUUAUACUUAGUUGCUUCUGGAUAAGCGCUUAAGAAUUGUUAAACUUCGCAGAGUACUUUGCAUUUUGUUAGACUCGAAUGAAAUAUCAUAGCAUAAUUAAUUUAUAUAUAUACAUACACAUGUGCAUAUAUGUAUGUAUGUAUGUGAAUCAAUCUUUUUUAUUUGCACUCAACAUGAUUCUAUAUUGUAAUAAGUUCUCUACAACAUUCCAUAAACUAACGCUCUUGCUGAUUUUCAUAUAAUAUAAUACAUGAUAAUAUAUAUUUUUUAAAAGUAAUAUAUAAAUAUAAUAUAUAUUUAUAAAUACUUACAUGCAUAUAAAUUUAAAGUCAACACAAACGUCCUAUCGCAACCAUACAUUUCUUUUGCAAUUAUCUUGGUUAUCAAGUUAAGCUUGGAACUCUUGAUUUCUUAGUUGCCUGGAAAGUAAAAAAAUUUGUAAACUAUUUGAACUCAGAAUUUAAUUUUGGGUUUGAAAUGCUCUCGUUAAAUAUACAAUUUUGUAUAUACAUACAUGCAAAACACAUCUCUGUACAUAUUAUAUAUAGUACAUAUAUAAUGUUAUGAUCUGUUUUGAAUUAAAAAUAUUUGAGUAUUUUGUAUUUCUUCAACAACCUCAAAUAGUAGGACUUUUUAUUUCUAUGUAUGUAGUUAUUCAUUAUUGCCUUUAUAUAUUUAAAUCUACUUUAUAUUAAACAUUUGCUACUUAAGUACAGAGAUACAAUAAUUAAUAAAACUGCAAUUCAAUGAAUUUA